CAACAGCAAGGACUCAGGUCUGAAUUAGGACUGUAGGAUUUACAAGAGAAAUGGCUCCUCUAGAGACAGCGACGGGUCGCUUGCAGAGCAGGGCUGCAGAAGUGGGCUUCUCUUAGCCAGCUCAGAGGGGCUCCUUUUGAGCAGCUUGUGGGCUUCUAGAGUCGGUGGAAGAAGAAAGAAGCUGUCGAUGGAAAUCCCAAACAUCGUCAUCCUCCGCCCCGCUUCUGCUUCUUGUUUCUUGUUCGCGCCAGGAUAUCCUCUCGUCAGCGCCUCCAGUUCCGCAAAGGGCCAGCGGGGAGCGGAGCGCUGCCGAGGAGCCCCGCCGGGGCUUUAGCGUCUCCUCCGCCGGUACAUCAGGAAAAGAAGAUGGAAGAAGCCAUGGGAAACCACAGAAGGACUGCAAAUGAAAAAUGAUGUCUGAUCUCCUGUACUUCAAGAUUCCACGUAUGAGCCAGGGUGAUUACACAGUAAAAGCCUAAUGUGAAAGCACCCCUUGACUGUGAUCAAAGACUGGAAGAAUGGGGAUGCUUCAUUUCUUUUAGAAGUGGGCAUUUUACCAUAAUGGGAACGGGUAUCUCCAAAAUAAUGUCAACUUUGACUCAGCGGAAUAGUAUGAAGUACAACUCUACAUGUAAAGGGCAGAAAAACUUCAAGAGGAAGCCCGCAUUGUGUGAACUGUCACUGGACACAGAAACUACUUGCCCUAUCCAAGAAAACAUAAACAUCCAAGAAACUCAAAACAGUGAUGAGGAGGCUGAGGAUAUAUUUUACAGGUUUGUGAUUCUUCAUGCUGAUGAUGAUGUUGCAGAAGCUGUUAGAGUCCAGGACUUGCUGGAAAAUCGAUUUUGUAUUAAACCAGGGAUUAUCUUUGCAGAAAUGCCUAGUGGUAGACAUCUGCUUGAAAAUUUAAAUGAUGCUAUGAAUGGUUCUGCAUGGAUAAUUAUCUUGCUGACCGAAAACUUCCUGAGUGAACUUUGGUGCCAAUUUCAGUCAUAUACCUCUCUGUUUGGUGCAUUGACUAUUCCACACAAAUGUAGCAUGGUCAUACCAAUGAGGCCACGGAAUAACCCACUUCCAUGGGAGAGGACUCCUUUAAUUCUCCAGGCAAUUAAUGCACUCCAGGAAGAUAGCCCUGGAUUUGCUGAGCAAGUCAAGAAAACUUUCCAGGAGUCUAGAUACAAGCAACAGCAAGCAGUAUGGAGGUACAGCAAGAAGGGAAAGGCACAGAAACAGUCCGAAUGGUGAUUGUAUAGAGUUUCAGUCAAGUCAAAGGUACUUUAUUGGAGCAAGUGGUCUAUGAUAUCCAUGUCUAUCCUGGUUGCAUCAAACAACUGAUGGGGAGAGAAUUUAUUCUUCAGAUGGUGCUUCUUACGUUUACAUUCCAGUAGUCAGCUUUCUAUUUUGUCCUUCCAUCUUGAUAGCUGGAAGCACUGACUCCAUUAAAGCCCCAGAACCAAAGUUCAUAACUUGGCACAGCAGAUGGGCCUGGCAUCUCCAGUUAAAUGAUACUGGCUAGAAGGGCUGGAAAGACUUCUUUCUGAUCCCUUGAGAAAUCCCUGCCAAUCAGCAGAGAGAGUACCUGACCAGAUGGACCAAUUGUCUGGCUUGGCAUAAAGCAGCUUCUGCUAGAGCAAGACAUUUUUUCCCCUCAGAGAUAAAGGACAUUUGAAGAGAGAUCAGUGUUCAGGCUAUGUAAACUCCUACUUCCAUCUCUCAUAAACAGGUUUUGUAGAGUUUUGUAUUGCUUCAGGAACCUGAAAACCCUGCUCAACCUGAUGCACAUGUCCCUGUAUGCCAGUCUUCCCUCAUCUGAAUGUGUUGAAUUAUAACUCUUAUCACACCCAGUUGGUGGGGAUGGUGGAACUGGUAGCCCAACACAUCUCUUAAAAUAUUUUCUGCCCCCAUCCUUCUGACGAGGUCUGCCAUGGCCUUAAUCUCUGUUCAUCUAUAUUGCAUUGCCCAGAUCCCUUGAAAGUUCACAAUAGCAAAUUUGUGUCUGGUCUUCCAACAUUUGAGAAGUUUACUGUGCUACUAGAUUAGAACUGAGUCUAAGCUGCUAAACACUUUUGUUGGAAGUGCUCUGUUCUCCCUUUCAUUAAUAAUUAUUACAUAAUUAUUCAGUGCAAUAAUGAACCUCUGUUUGGCUCCGACUGGCUCUAUCACUUCUGGGAUGCUCUGUUGGAACAGCUGAGCUACAAACCAUUUUUUGAAGGAACACAGUGGUGUUGUAAAGUUCUAUGAAGUUUUGAAAUAUAGGCAGUUUCAUGUGUUCUGUGAAGCUGAAAUGGUAGCAAGUGAAGAGUCAUUCAGUUAAAAGCUUGUCGGCAGCUUCCUUUCAUUUCUUACAUAAUGGUGUGUUGAGCAAAGUCAUCAAGAUCUCUGAUAACGACUAUGGCUACUUCAUGGAAAAACUCUGUUUAUUCACUAAGAUUAUCCUCUGGGGCAUUUGAAAAGAGCCUCCAAGUUACAGCUGCAACUCAAAUCAAAUAACCAUUUGUCUGUGAGUAAUGGUAACAAGAGUUGCCUGGUCCUUUCCCUCUGGUCUUUCUUCAGCACCCAAGGUACUGAUAUCUGACAAUAAAUCAAGGUUAUACUGCAACUGCUCUUUGCUUUCUUCAAUCGCUGCAGAUUGCUUCUCCCCACACACCCCUGGUGGGAACAGGGAAAAGAUCUUCCCUUUCUUCUUUUUAUACAGCCAGGAUAUUAAAAAAGGACUUAUCGGCAGGGGCUCUUCUGUCAAAGGCCUUGCUGCAACAUGAUCUUACCCACAGGAAUAUUAAAUGGGUGGCACAUUGACCCAUUACAGUGAAGGGCGUUACUACCCAUGACUGUAUCAACCCUGGUCUGAUAUCUUGAACUGCCUGCUGGAGUGGUGUGGUCAAUUCAUUUCUCUCUAUUCUUCUACCUCAGGCAGGCAUCAUUGUACUAGCUCCUGAGCAGAUAUCUAGCAAUCUUGUUACUUCAACAUAUGUAAAAACUAAAGCUAGAGGUUCUAGUCACUACAGCUUGAGUUGAUUAAUCAGCAAGGUCAACUUUACCUGGUGACGCUAUACGUAAGAACAUAGCUGUUUGAGAUUAUUUUGUUUCUGGUAUGUUACUGUAAGGAGUGAGGAAAAUGAUGACCUUUCCUUUUAACAUUAUGUGCUAGAUGUUAUAUAUUAAACUGUAAAUAUACUCUCCCAUACUUUAAAAAGGUAGAAGCUUGGUUAAUAUGCAUGCUUAAUCUUGGGACUUUUAAUACUUGAAUACCCCUUGAAACUGAAGCUUUACCGUUUUUAUUUAUUAUGUAGUUUUAUUGUGUUUAUUAUGCUGUUUUACUGUUUUAUUUGGAAUGGAUUGCAUUUUACUGAUAUUUGCAAAUUGCCUUAGGUAAAAUCUGCUAAAAGAAAUGAGUGUAAUAUUGUAAUACAUAACAUGCAGUUUAAAUAAAUGUGUGUAAUAAACUAAUAGCAGUCAUCAAAAGUUAAUUGUCUAAAUAAAUUGUAUUCAUUUGACAGUCCUAGAGAAGAUGCCCUUCUUGUGAAGCUCAUAAAUGUCAGAGCUUGCUUCCCAAUCCUUCUAUGUGGUUGCUAUGUGCCAUCAAGUUGUCUCCGACUUACGGUGACCCUGUAAAUGAAAGGCCUCCAGAAAGUCCUGUCCAUGACCAGUCCUUCUAUAUUGCACUUGAAACUGAGGCACGCCUAGAAUAACUUUGGCUAUCCUGUUUCCCUGUAGUAGCACCUGACAAGGUGGGGCAGGCAGUGGUAAGUGGCUGUAACUUCUGAGCAGCUAUCAACAGGGAUGUAUGUCUUUCUUAGUAGAUUAGGCAGUGCAAGUGGGAGAAGCAGGUAUACAGCUGUUAAAUGGUUAGCAGCACAGGGCAGUAACGCCACUGACCUGGGCUCAGUCACCAUUUCCAUGACAGUUCUUUAUAGUACUGCCACCAUGUAUGGAGAAACUGCCCUUUCACUGGGUGAUACCACCUACAAGGUUCCUUAUUUUUAGCAAAUGCCUAACUUUUACGACCGAAGGAACUCUCUGCCAUUAUAAUUCAGAGUUCCACAAGCCAACCCCUUUCUACUGCCACCGAUUCUCUUAGAUUACUUUCAAGCCUCCUAGUAACCUAGCUUAUUAAAUGAUUUUUUUGUAUAUAAGGGGAUACUAUCUAUAUCAGGUCUUUCAAAAGACUGCUUGCGGAUAAUUCUUAAGAACGCACAAAUUAGUAUUAUUUAUACAAGGGUCUUAGGACGUAAGCCUGUGGCCACUGGAUAUUGUUUAGGGAGCCAUAGGGAAAUUCAGAACCCCAAGUCCAACCUCUGAAAACACUUCAUGUUUGAAGCUGGGGUGCCAAACUUGGUUCACGCUCCCUCUGCCCUCUGGCCAGUGCAGGUCUUUGUGUGCUGCCUACUGUCCAAAGCUGCAAGUGCAACUUCAGAGCCGGUGCUGGAGGGGGCAGAAAAGGAAGGAAUGAUGGGAUACGUAGAAUCCUGGCAGUCCCUCAGCCACUGCUGUUUGCAAAUGCGUGAAACACUUUGAUGGCUAUGAUCAGUUGUCUAAAUGUUUUGCAGGGUGAGAGAAACACAGAGGCAAGAACUGGUUCCUCCAUUGGAUGCCUGAGAUACUCUCGAGUUCAGAAGGUUAGGGGCAGUGACAUUAGAUGCACCCUUAAUGACCUCAGGCUGAGUGCUCUAAACUUUU